AUGGCAAGCCCUCCGAAACAGAAGGUCGUCAUCGUGGGUGCUGGCCCUGUUGGGUCUUUGGCUGCCCUCUAUGCGGCUUCUCGAGGGGAUGAUGUUGAGCUUUACGAAUUGCGAGGGGAUCUCCGGGAUUCAUCGAUUGUUCCGCUAAAUUUCACAAAAUCGAUCAAUCUGGCACUGUCAGAACGAGGCAUAAAUUCCAUGCACCAGUCGGGCCAUACAAAGGCUAUCGAUAACGUUCUGAACAAGGCCAUCCCUAUGCACGGGCGAAUGAUCCACGGCCGAGAUAUGUCUGGGAAUCUGUGGGAGGCAUCUCAAGCUUAUGAUGUUCACGGAAGAGCUAUCAACUCUGUGGAUAGGGCGACAUUAAACAAUGCACUGCUUGACGAACUUGAUAAUAUCCCAAACGUGAAGAUAUUCUUCAACCACAAACUCACAGGGGCGGAUUUUAAGUCACGUAGAGCGUGGUUUGAGCAUACACUUCCUGAAAAGGUUAAGAAGCCGGAGGAAAAUCCCCCAAACAGGCGGCGAUCUAUUGAUUUUGACCGCUCCCCUGAAGUCCAGGUGCAAUUCGAUUAUCUCAUUGGAGCAGAUGGAGCACAUUCCGCAUCGAGAUACCACAUGAUGAAGUACAGCCGAGUGGACUAUCAGCAAGAGUAUAUUGAUAUGCUGUGGUGCGAAUUCCGUAUUGAGCCCACGGCGGAUGGCGAAUUUCGCAUCUCUCCAAAUCACUUGCAUAUCUGGCCGGGUACAGAAUUCAUGUUUAUCGCAUUGCCAUCGCCUGACAAGUCAUUCACUUGCACGCUAUUCGCGCCCGCACAUUAUUAUGCUGGCCUUGGGAACACGCCUGAAGAACUGUUUGAGUCGUUCCAAGAACAUUUCCCUGGAGUGUCCCCAGAAUUGAUUCCCCCAGAAGAUCUUUAUAACCAGUACAGCAAAAACCAACAUCUACCCCUGAUCAGUAUCAAGUGUCGACCUCAUCACUAUGAUUCGAGUGCUGUGAUCAUCGGAGAUGCAGCACAUGCUGUUCUGCCAUUCUAUGGACAAGGACUGAAUGCUGGAAUGGAAGAUGUCAGGGUAUUGUUUGAAACCUUCGAUAAACAUGGGGUGCACGAGAUCAGCGAUCCUGCUCGUAGGGAGAGUGCUCGCGCUGCUGCACUUCAGGAGUACACAGAGCAGCGAGUGGCCGACGUCCAUGCGAUCAACGACUUAUCCAAGGGCAAUUUCCUCGAAAUGCGAGCAGGGGUCAACUCACGCAUGUACAAAGUACGCAAAUUCAUCGAGGAAAACCUGGAUCGUUACAUCCCGCAGUUGGGAUGGAAAACUCAAUAUGCACGAGUCAGCUUUAGUAACAUGCGGUACUCUGACGUCGUGAGAGCGGCGAAAAAGCAGCGUUUGUUGCUCAGUGCCAGCGUCGGGACCGUGCUCGUUACCAGCAUCAUGGCGGGCCUGGCACUGGGAGGGGUGUUGGUGUGGAAAUGGCCUCGACAGUUUGCACCUCACCGCCUGCUGUCAAGCCUGACGAUGAAGCAGUAUUAUCGAACUGCGUAUCAAUGA